AUGACUAGUGUGGAGGUGAAAAAAGUUCUAAGUACGCUACUGCGUGAUCCAGAUAACGCAAAGUGUGGUGAUUGCAAAGUUGCCACACAUCCGAGGUGGGCCUCAUGGUCGCUAGGUGUUUUCAUCUGUAUUAAGUGCGCCGGAUUUCAUAGGUCUAUGGGCACUCACAUUAGCAAGGUUAAAAGUGUUGAUCUUGAUACGUGGACUGAGGAGCAUCUAGCUGCCGUGUUGAAAUACGGUAACAAUAAGAAAUUCAAUGAGUAUUACGAAAACAAACUUGGUGGUGGAACUUAUGUACCGGAUCAAAGUAAGCUAGGACAAUUUAUCAGAACGAAGUACGAGUUAAAGAAGUGGGUUGGCGACGGGCCAAUAGCUACUACUAACAAGGACGCUACAAAAAAUCCUACGGCAACAAAGACGAAGCCUGCAGUGCAGAGUGCUUCUCCUACUACAUUUGCAUCGCAAAAAAGUGCUGCGAACAUAUCUACAGAUUUGAACAGAGACUUACAUUUGACUCCAGUCGGGACAGGAGGAUCUUCAGGACAAAAAUCUUCUACCCAAGAAUCAUCUUUUCAGAGAAACAAUGUCUACAAGCCUCAGGAUAGGCCAGAUUUGAAAAAGUCGAUUCUCUCUCUGUAUGCGAACCAAAAGUCUUCGCAAUCACCUUCCCACUCAUCCUUACAUCUACCAAAUAAAAAUAAUAAUAGCAGCAAUAGUUCAUUUAACAGUGGCGGUGUAAUUGGAGGUGUAUCAUCAAACCCAUGGUCAUUAUCUCAACCAGCUGGUGAAACGAGAACUGGCUCUAGCUUGUCAUUAGACGACGAUUUGUUCAAGAACGUUUGGUCGUAA